AUGAUACGCAGAGCACGAGACGUGUCGGACCUGGCCACGGGCUGGGACCCGGCCAUUGCCAUCCCCACUCUGGUGGGCAGCCUAUUGUCGUUUCUCGCUUCAAGCAUGGUCAUCACACUCUGGGCCGUCUUCGGUGCAGAGCGGAGGUCAUUCCGAUAUGCGCUCAUUCUAAACCUCACGGUAGCAGAGUUCAUAAAUUCGUUGAACAACACGAUAUCGGGCAUUUACAUCAUCAGCAACCACGGCUCAAUCAGCGACGGCCCCACAUGUGAUCUGAACGGUUGGGUAGGGCAGUUUUCCGUGCAGGCGGUCGACUUCUCGAUCCUCGCCAUCGCGGUGGUGACGCUGCUCACGAUCCAGUUCAAGUCGUACAUCCUGUACGCGCCGACGUACCGCAAGGUGCUCAUCUGCCUGUCCAUCUGGGCGGUGCCGCUCGUCACGAGCUCGACCGCGCUCGGCCUCGGCGUCAUCGCGCCCGUGUCGGGCAACUGGUGCUGGAUCGCGCGCGACCGCCGCUACCUGCGCUACGCCCUCGGCCACGCCUGGCGCAUCGCCAUCCUCGUCCUCACCUUCGCCAUCUACGUCUACGUCUUCGCCUUCAUGUACCGCCGGCUGCGCCUGCGCCGCGAGGCCGACGGCGGUGGUAGUAGUGGUAGUAGCAACAACGGCCGCUCGUACUCGUUCGACCUGGGCGACCCCGCCGCGUCGAACGGGUUCGAGAUGAACUUUUGGCUGGGGAACGGCAGUUUCGGCGGCGGCCGCAAGAAGAACAACAACAACAGCAACGAGAAGGGGUGCGGCGGCGACGAUCUGGAAGACGGGCUGCCGCUGCCGCCGCCCAAGGCGUUCGCCGGCACCCGGCGCCGGGACGAGGCGACGGAGAAGCUGAUCCCGCUGCCGCGCGUGCGCAUCCGGCACACGGCCGACAUCGACAAGGACGUGUGGCGCAUGGUGCUGCUGAACCUGUACCCCGUCACCUACCUCGUCCUGUGGCUGCCCGGCCUCGCCAACCGCAUCUUCGAGGCCACGGGCCAGUACAGCCGGCCGCUGUCGAUCCUGCAGAGCUCGACGCAGUAUGUCGGGUUUGCGAACGCGUGCGUGUACGGGUUCAAGGAGCAUUGGGGGGAUAUCAAGUUUUGGUGGGAGAAGGGCCGGCGGUGA